UGAUAAUUUUUAUUUUUUCCUACAGCUAUUGGUGAGAUAUUCAACGAUGGCGAGAGCACCAUCCCUUCAAGUGCGCAGCCUUCUACAUCUCAGUCGCCUGUCGUUCAAGCAGCUCCAGUACGCGGAGAAAUAGAAGAAGAUACAGUGAUGGUUAAUGGGUGUUUAAAUCUACCGUCAAUAGCAUGUGAGAUUGUCGACUUGUGCGAGAGCGACAACGAAGUUGAUAACGACAGCGAAAGUGAUGCGGAAAUUUUGGAAAAUGGAUAUGAACACGACGACGCCAAUGAAAUGGAGGUUAGUGACAACGACGACGACGACGAUGACGACGAUGAUGAGACAAUAUUUGAGGAGGAUGACCAGGAGAUGCCAUCCAGUGGUCAAUAUUCUGGGGAGGCGGAACAGGAGGAGGAUGAGGAUCAAAAUAUUGCUGAGGACGAUUCGAAUGAAUUCGAGGAUAGGGAGGCGCUCAAACGGUCAUAUGUUGAGAGGGCUGAUGAAAUAGGAACUGCGUCAACUUCUGAGCCAUGUGUUCAGCGAGGUCAUGGUAGAAAAAUACCUCGUUCGUCCGAAAGCGAGCAAGACGCAAUAGAGACAUCUCAGCGGAGAGGACAGUCAGGAUAAUAUAGAGUCUAGCCAGGGUGGUGAAUUGCCGUCUAAUUCAAAAUUUUUAAUUAUAAAUAGAAAAAAUAAAAAUUAUUCACAUUUCGGUUUACAGGGUAGCGAAAUGGAAUUACGAUUCCGCUACAAACCUGACGAAAUAAUCUGUCAAAUAGAGUGGCUCGAAUCGGCUGUGCGUGAAAUAUUUGAUUUUAUUAUAGGCCCAUAUAAACCGCGUGAUUUAAUAUGUAUUAAAUUUAUAGCCGAUAGUUUUACGCAGGAUGAUGCGGGUCUACCAUUUAGGUAUGCUCGUGAACGUCAUUUUUAGGAUUUGUGGAAUUUAAUUUUCAUGGUCACUCAAAGUGUCGCCGAGUUCCGCAUUGACGAUACUUUUAUAUUGAUAAUUGAUUGCGUCAAUAACCCAGUAGGUAGGGGGUGGGGGGAAUUGGCAUUUGAUGUUCUUAAAAAAAGAUCUAUUUUAACUUUACAUAAUACCGAUAAUUUAUGCCUCCCGCGUGCAAUUGUUUUUGGUAAAAUUUAUAGGGAACGAGUUCAGAUGACUACUGGGGAUAAAAAUGAAAUUUGGACACGUGUCAGAAGUGGAAAUUCAACUCUUCAAAAAAGUUUAGCUCGGGAAUUAUUUCAAAAUGCCCUUGUCGAUAUUCCGGAAGAAGGAAGUGGAUUUUUGGAAUUAGAAAAGUUCCAAACAUACCUUGUCAAUGAGGGUAUUGCACUUAUUGCAUUUGACUUUAAAACCUUUGGAUGUGUUGAGGAGCCCCCUUUUUUGAUGGUACUACACGCUUUAUUGAAAGAGGUGCGGUUCCCAUACAUAUUAUACAUCUUUUGUACAAUGAUGAUCGCAAUCAUUAUCACACUAUUUUAAAUUUAACAGGGGCUGCAUCCUCUCGAGUUUUUUGUACAUCCUGUAACAAGGGAUACAAUAACAGGUCUGAUCAUAGGUGUGCACAUAAAUGUGAAGCCUGUCUUGCUCAUACCUCAUGUUUAGAAAAGUGUUCCGAUAAUCGUUUACCAACUACCCCCAAGUGCGAAACAUGUCUUCGUCAGUUUUUUAAUAAUGAUUGCUUUAACCACUAUUUAAUGUCCGGUUCGUACUCCUCCGGAAAUAAUGUUUGUGACACGUUGAAAAUUUUCCCUGAGUGUUCCCGCUUAGUGAAUAUUAAAAAAGAUAAAAAUCAUAAAUGUGGGUUCAGUUUUUGUAGUUUAUGCAAGUGCAAGCGUGAAUACAAUCAAGAAUGAUUUAUGAAGCCCAUACGUGAUCCUGUGGGUGGUGAUGACUCUAUCCUGCAAACGAGAAAAUGUUAUAUAUUUGUUGGGCAUACAGAGAAGAAGCAGUCACACCUCUGCCUAAUACAAACGUCGUCAUCGCAGCGUAUACGACAGCACAAGCCCGUUUAAAGUUGUACGAUUACUUGUCACAACUAAACCGACGA